GCAGAUGGACAUGAAGAUUUCAUUCGGUUUCCUGGAUACUUUGUCAAUCAGCGCUCCUCUGUUUUAAAUUCACGCUGCUAAAACGCGGCUGGGCGCACUUUGUAGAUCUUUUGGGAAUGACCUUGGACUGUACCUCCUGUCCGCAUACCGAGUCCACGCCGACGCCAAACUUGUGCAGAUGUGCUGCAGAAUCUACUUUCGAGAACUCCGCUAGUGUGCCGAUGACACCCGUUAAAUGGAUCAUCAUAACUUACAGUACUGGAGAAAAGAAGGACAGACCUUCAUCGGGAGGAUUUUGAAUUGGGUUGAUAUUUUAGACCCAGUUUCUCUUCUUGCAUCAGAUGGCGAAAUUAAAAAAGCCUGCACUCUGUUGGAAAGCACAAAAGAGAGGUCUCUGGACAAAAAGGAUAGAGAUGCCUGGAAGCUGAGUCUAGCUUCUGUUCAUUCCGACACUGGUAACGUGAUUCCACUUGUAUUCCGGCCUCCAGCUUUCCUACCAAUUGCUGCACCUUUGGUUUUAGCCACCCUCAUUCCUCACAGAGGAAUGAAACCAGCUCUAUUUUGGCAGUUUUUAUUUCACAGUUACAGUGCUGGUUUUAACUAUGCCAACAGAAAUACCACAGUCAGUCAGGAAAACAAGAUGUCAUUAAAGGAAGUUCUUUUGAUUGCUGGAUCUGUUUCAUUUGCGACAUGUGCCGGGGCCAUUCCUCAGUAUAUGAUGAAGCACUAUGGAAUGAAAAACCCAACAGUCCAGUUAUUCUUCAGAUCAGUCCUACCUGUUCCUCUUUUUGCUCUUUUGAGCGCCUUCAGUUUGUUUGUUGUGAGAUCUGAGGAAUUUGAAAAUGGGAUCCAGGUCUUCGAUUCCAAUGGGAAUGCAGUGGGAAUGUCACAGAAGGCUGGGCUGAAGGCGGUGACUGAAACUGCAGCAUCCAGAGCUGUACUGAUUGGUACAACGACAGUAGUGCCCAACCUGCUCAUCAGUUUCCUGCGCAGAACUAAAUUCAUUCAGGGAAGACCUUUGCUUCUGGCACCACUUAGACACAUAACUGCAGCUCUGGUGUUUGGAUUAAUGAUCCCUGUGUCCUUCAGCUUGUUCCCACAUGCUGCAAAGGUGCAAAACAAGAACUUAGAAAAGGAGAUCCAAGCACUGACAGCAGACACACAUCUGUACUACCACAGGGGCCUCUGACUUUUCAGCGAUGCUGUUCAGAUACUGUAGAAGAGGGUAAGGAACUACUGAGAAACUUAACUGGAAAGAUGGUACAGUAGUGUUAAUAUAGAGCCGGAAGAGGCUGAGACUUCAAACAAAACCUUAAUGGUCUACCUCCAGUAUCUGGCUGGAAAUUCAGAGCUCCUACAUACUUUUCAGUUUAACAUAUUACUACAAGGUAACUGUUUCCAUAGUACUGUUUGAUUGUAAUAGAAGGGUUUUCUAUGGGUUUUACCAUCUAUAUCCCAUAUGGUUUAAAACUGAUACUUUGAUAAAUAAUAUUGGAUUUUGGUAGCAUUCAGAUAUGAACAGAUUCCACUCCAGAGCAGAAGAUUAGUUGAUCUGAGUGAAGCCCACCAGGUUCAGUAGUUCAGUACCUUCCUUUGCUAAUAUUCACACUCUGAAAACACUAUCUGGCCAGGUGACGAUAUCACAGACUAUUUCUGAUUAAACCACAGUGUAUUAAACUUGGAAAACAAAGACAUGGUAAGACUGUGAAUUUAUUUGGCACGGUUAUUGUAUUGACUUGAAUCUAAAUGAACAGCAAUACAUUUAUCCUUCAGAUAUAUACAAUCUAUUAAGCCUAGGAACCACUUGUAUUUUUAAUAUUUUUGUGAAUCAGCUGCCAUUGUCUUACAUGCUUUACAUAACAUCAGCCUUAUUUAUUUCAAUCCAUUGUUUUAAAAAUGCAGAUUUGUGAGCUACACAUGUAUAUUGACAGAGAACAUUCUAAACAUGGUGAUGACAUGACAAAAGAUUUUGUUAUUUUUUUGUUGAGGCUUCAGUAUAACAAUUCAAAAUAAAAUCCCAGUCACACAAAAACUUGUGAUGAUUAAUUCUUGAUGCAACAAAAAUAAAUCAGUUCUUGUUUAUUAUGUCUGAUCAUCUCGGACAGUUUUUAAUUGAACUUGGGAACUUGGUUCACCAUACUGCUGACUUUAACAUAGUGGUACAUAGACAAUUACUCUGUAUUCUUAAACUCACAGCUCGUCAUCUAAAACAAAAUAAAAAAAUGUUUAUUUACACUUUCUUGAUCACACAUCCAGUUUUGCUGUGUUUUCUAACCCCUACAUUUUCUUGAUGAAGGGACCUGCAAACUGUACAAUAUACUGUACAUAUUGUAUAUAACAUAAUACUAAUAUUAGUGACAGAAGUAUACAACAUUAAUGAUGGAUACACAGAAACAUCAUGUAGCAUUCGUAUUAGGCAUAUGUAUUUAAAUGAGCCUUUGGGUUACUGAAAAAUAUUGCAGUGUAUUGGCACUGUGAUUUAAAUACCUCAUCACUUCUAACUAAUCAAUUCAGAACAGUCAUUUAGCACCAUACUCAUAUUAACAAAUCCUGUGCACAAAAUCACUAUCUCUGUCAGCUGUAGAAAGGGGAACAGUUUAGUUCAAAAUUAGUGAAGCAUGGUUUAAAAGUAAAGCUGUAAGUCUUCUUUUAUAAAACAAAUUAAACUCUAUAAACAAUUUUAGAUUGAGUAUUUUUUAGCCCUCUGGUGAAAUUUGACUUGCAAACCUAAAAUAAAUACUACAUUUGGCUUGUGAAGUUAGCCUAUUUUUCUGUUCAAGACUGUUAUUCUUGUUUUCAUUAGCAGUUCAGUUACAAACCUGUAAAUAUAUAUGAUCAGUGGAAAAGCUUAAUUUCCCCUUAUUAGUUCCAUUGUCAAAUGAAUAAUUGUUAACAAUAAUGCACAUUAAAUUGCCAAACUGAAAUGUUAUUUUUUUAAAUGAUGAUUUAGAGUGCAACAGGAGUUUGUUUGGUUUCAUAAACCUUCUUUAAGGAAGGGUACUCCUCAAAACAAUAGAUAGCAGUGCAUUAUAGAUGUCAUGUUAAACCAGACAAACUAUUCAUAGUACUGUGUAGCAUGCUGCAGUACUGGAAACUGGAUGGGAAGAACCUGCAAAGUUUUGGAACUAAAUAGAAUAAGUGCUGAAAAUAAAACAGCUUUUUUUUUCAGAGAAACCAUAGUACUUUAUGAAAAUGUACUUACUUAUCAAGAAAUGCAUAUACUUUCCCAAGAUGUGUAUGGCUUUUGUCAAAAAACGGGAUAUACUAUUAUACUUGCAGGAAUAGUUUCUUAUUUAUUUCAUUGGGAUUUGUCAAGUGGAAUCACGUUUUCCGGUGAAAAGGAAUUCAAAUGCCUAAGAAUAGUUCUUCAGUACAUUUGUUCACUCAACAUUUUUGGAAUUACUGUACAGAUCUCUUUUUGUAUUCAUUUUUAUUUUCCUCUUGUUAAUUUUCUUUGUGGCUUGUUUGUGCUGCUGCACAUAGUUCAUAUCAGUAUGCCUUUUUUAACCCCACUUUAAGUAACAAACAUCUCAUUCUUGUGUUUUAACACAGGAAAGAAAUGUAUUACAUUUUGUAUUUUUAUUAUAAGGUUAGUAUUGACAUCAUUCAUUAGGAAACAUUCUUAAAUUUGGCAGGUCAGAAACCGUUCUAGUGGCAUGAAUUGCCAUGAGUUUUGUUAAGAUGUUUGACAAGCUCAUUUUAAAAUUAUCAUAAUGGUAAUGAUGAUUAUUAAUAUUCUUACAAUUUAUAGUGCUUUUUUAUCCAAAAGGAUCCCAAAGCACUUUACAUAUAAAAAAUAAUGAUUUUACAAAAACAAGAUAGGUCCAUCUAAAUGUAACAAGGUACUGAUUAUAUAAAAAAUACAAAAUCCUUUCUUCAUAAAUUAGUCUCUUAUUUAAACACAUAGCUAGCAUUUAAUAACUACCAAUGUAGCCAAAGACUUUCACACUGACUACAAUUGCCAUGUAGUAAUCUGUUUUAUGCUAAAAUAAACUGUACUUUGUGGGGGG